GUUUGCAGCUUAGUCGUUCGCGAAAUUCUGACUACUUUGAAGGUGAUCUCGGGAGAAUGCGACCAGUCAAUUUUGGGGGUCUCUGGACAGUUCUGCUGCUUGCCGCAGGUCUGCACACUGUGGUAGCCCAGCUGACGAAUGUCUGCCAGAAUCAGGAGGAUGGCACGAGACUUCCGCUGGCCACCCACUGUUCCCGGUUUGUGGUUUGCAUGAAGGGAGGGGUGUCCAUAAUCGGCAGCUGCCCUCGCGGACUCCACUUCAAUCGGGAGCUGGGGGAGUGCGACUUCCAGUGGCGGGCUAAUUGCCUGGGCCUGUCGGCCUUUGCCGAAGUGGAUGAUCAGUGUACCUGCGAGUGCUGUGCCGAGGAGUGCCAAGAUCCCAGUGGAGGUAACGAUGAAUCCACAGCGGUCACCGAGGACUGCGAUACGGAUGCUCCCACUUCGGUCACGGAUCCCUCGGGUCCCUCGGAUCCCUCGGAUUCCACUGAUCCAACGGAUGCAACAUCGGAGAAUGAGAACUCCAACAACUCCUCCAAUACCACGCCUUCGGGUCCAGGUCUGGUGCCCGCGUAUUGCAAAAGUGAUCGUACGGAUUGCGUGAAUCAGAAAACUGGCACCUAUUUGGAUAUGCCCGGGAUUUGCGUGAGGUUUAUCCAAUGCAACAAUGGGUGUGCCGAAGAAUUCCAGUGUCCUUCCGGUCUGUACUUCAACACGGAGAUAAACGAUUGCGACUACUGGUGGAACGUGGACUGCACCCCCACCGCCGAUGGCUCCUCUGAGAUCGAGGGACCGUCCGGUACCACCUGCUCCAGUCAGGGCAGAUGCGCUGGUCAAAGGGAUGGCUAUAUGGUUGCGGACCCCGAUUCGAAUGGAUUCUUUGUCUGCCAGUGCCAGUGCCCCAUUGCGAUGCCCUGUUCCGAGGGUCUGAAGUUCAACGAGAGUGCCCAAGUGUGUGAUUGGGCUAAGGACACUAGUUCCGCAAUUGUUUCCUCGGUGGUUGAAUGUUAUGGAGACCUCGUCUACAAUGCCACCUCGGAUCAGUGCGACUAUCCUGAGAACUAUGUGCCCACGGUGGUCUGCAAUACCACCAGCACCGUGUGCCAAAAUCAGCCGGAGGGAGAACUCUUUCCGGUGGACGGCAAGUGCAACAUGUUCUACAAGUGCAACUUCAACUGCGCCGUGGAGCAGUAUUGCCCCAACAACUUGGUCUACAACCCCAACACCGAAGAAUGCGAGUACCCACAGGACUAUGAUUGCCCGUGGCCAUACACCCCGCCCUCUGGUCCCAACGCAGGACCUUCGGGAAUCGCCUGCGAGAGUAAUGGCCGUUGCUUGGGACAACGCGAGGGUACCUACUUUAAGUCCACCACAAGUUGUGGCAAGUACGUCGUCUGCCAGUGUGAGUGCGAAGUAGACCUGGAGUGCCCCAAUGGGUUGUACUGGGACGAAAGCUUGCUGACCUGCAAUUAUAAGGACCAAGUGGCUUGCACUCUCUAGGUGACCGAUGGCCGAAUAAAGAAAUGAAUUAUCAAAGCAACU